AUGUCUCAACGAAAUAUCGACAAAGCUAGCCGCUUACUGUUGAAAUCUUCACCUGCGGAUACAACUUCUCAUGUUGAGCUUUGUCUCACAUGUAGAGAGCUUUGGGCAUCGGCUCAAAGCCACUGUAACUGGUGCGCAAGUCUCUGGUGGCAGAUUACAUGUCGAAGUCCAUUUCGUGAGAUGAACGAAUCUUCAUUACGGCAACUUUACAUAAAAUAUGACUUGACUGUGACCCCAAAAGAGGAACGCAAUUCUGGGGCUGUUUCAGUUGCUGGUAGAUUAGAAUGUUACGUGUGGCCGUCUCAAGCUCGUUCAGUUCGGCCAUAUCACUUUACCCUCCAAAUAGUGAAUAUUUCUGACGGAAAAGCCUCACGUUACAAAAUUCCCGAAAAGACUUCCUCCGCUGCAAGUCGUAUACUCGCCUCACAAUGGAUCAGUAACUGCACGCAAAAUCAUAAGAAAUGCCGCAUUGACAAGAUCUCAUGGUUACCAACGCGGCUCGUUAACGUUGGGCUUGAUGGCGGUGCAACAAGGCUUGUUGAGACAAUCAUACUCUCAAAGAACCAGUAUUCACCAUAUUUGGCAUUAAGUCAUAGAUGGGGUGCUACACCCAAUCAUUCAAGUCGACUCUCAAGCGUUAACAAACUAGCAUGGAUGAAAAGCAUCCCAACAAAUCAAAUGCCUGCCACUUUCCAAGACGCUAUCCAAUAUACUAAGAGUAUGAAUAUUUCAUACAUCUGGAUAGAUUCCUUGUGUAUUAUGCAGGACUCCCCAGAAGAUUGGAGCACCGAGGCAGCACUUAUGGACAAAGUGUAUGCCCAGUCUUUCUGUAAUAUCGCUGCAUCUUAUGCUUCUAAUGAAAAUAGUCUCAACACAGGACUCUUCUACACUCGCACUCCAGAUGAUUUAGCUACUACUUCAGUGAAGUAUAAGCUUAUCACGAAGAAUGACUGCCAAGGAAUCUUUGGAAUAUCUCUAAAAUCGAAUUACAUCAUUGAUGAUACCGAAUUUGCACUCUAUGGAAGAGCUUGGGUUCUCCAAGAACGGCUUUUGAGUCCUCGAACGAUACACUUUUCCAAACAGUUGAUCUGGGAAUGCAGAGAGGAAAGGGCUUCUGAAUCCUUUCCUAUGGGUAUAUCCUUGAUGAGUGAUGAUAGGCGAGACCAUGAUUUCUCGAAAGAUUGGAGAUCGAGUUUAGAAGUUUUUGGAUACAAGUUUUGGGCAGACACUGUAGGUCGAUAUGUAAAAUCCUCUCUCACAUAUUCAUCCGAUUAUCUGGUAGCUAUUAGUGCCAUAGCCCGAGAAUACGAAAGAGAGCUAGAUGAUGUCUAUCUUGCAGGACUAUGGAAGAAAGGGCUACCUUUCAAUUUGCUUUGGAAAACAGAUAAUAAGUCUUCAUUUUCUUCAAGACCGAAUGCUUAUCGCUGUCCCACUUGGUCAUGGGCAUCACUGAACAUUUGUUAUCCUGCCAAGUUGGAGAUUUUGAUCCCCGACGGUGAAGCUCUUGCGGAAGUUCUUGAGGCCAAGGUUUUCAGCCCACCAGGUCGCACUUACACUGAAUGCUACGAUGGCCAUAUUCGGUUAAAAGGCAUACUUUAUUCUGUCGGAUACAAGGAUGUCCAUGAAUGGCUUCGUGGUGAUGGUCAUAAACUUUUCUUCGGCAAAGAAAUAGAACCAUGUAGGCGCGUUAGCGCGUUCCUUGACAUCAAAAUUCAAAAAUCUGAUCGUUCAAGGUUAUAUUUAAUUCCUAUUGUAUUGGAAAGUCGGCCCAGAUUCAUUUGGUGCCUCAUACUAAGAUCUAUUUUGAUGGGUAGCAUGGAAUUUGAGCGAGUGGGUGUUUUGAUUUUCUCGCUUGAAGAUUUGGGCAAAUAUGACGAGCAGCUGCGCCCAAUCAUGGAAUGGGCCGAAGCUAAAGAUCCACUUUCAAGGGACCUCAAGACUAUAAUCAUAUAUUAA